GCCUGCGCGCCUGCGCGUUGAGGCAGAACGAGAGCGAGCGGAGCCGUGGUUUCCGUUGGGCGCCCUUUUGUCGUCGUCCGCUUGUGAGAAACCCGCGUAGGCCUCCUCGAUAUUAAUAAAGCAACGGAAAGAAGAAAUAUGAAUAAAGCGCCCUCACGGUCCAGCCCGUCUCGAAGGGAGCCCUUGCCCUAUGGAGAGAAGGAUGGCCGCCGUGACCGCUCUCCCAUUCGGGGCAGCCCACGGAGGGAUGGGCGAGAUGGCCGCGAUUCCCGGGACGGGCGGGACCUUCGUAUGCGAGACACUCGCGGGUCCAGAGACCCCCGUGAUUCCAGGGAGUUCCGAGACCCCAGGGACAUGAGGGAUCCCCGGGAACCAGUCUAUGACCGCUACAAGGACAACCGCGAACCCUACAGGAGGGAGGAAGGCUAUGACCGCUAUCCGCGCCCCGAGGAUGGCAGCUACCGGCGGAAGGAGGAUCCCUACUACAGCCGUUACCGCGAACAUGAGAGGGCCCCCUUGAGCACCGAAGAGCGCAUGAAGCGUGAAGAGCGGCGGAGGGAGGAGCUCUACCGCCAGUUCUUUGAGGACAUCAAGAGGCGCAUUGAUGCGGAGCGGCCGGUGGACUGCUCAGUGAUCGUGGUCAACAAACAAACCAAGGACUACGCGGAGUCUGUGGGGCGGAAGAUCCGCGACCUGGGCAUGUUGGUGGACCUCAUCUUCCUCAACUCGGAGAUGUCUCUGCAGCAAGCCCUCGACGACAUCAGCCAGGGCGGGUCGGCCUUUGCCAUCGUCAUCACCCCCCAGCACCAGGUCCACCACUCCUGCACCGUCAACAUCAUGUUUGGCACCCCGCAAGAGCACCGCAACAUGCCUCAGGCGGACGCCAUGGUGCUGGUGGCGAAGAACUACGAGCGCUACAAGGUGGAGGUGCGGGAGAAGGAGCGCGAGGAGAUCGCCCGGCAGGCCGCCAAGAUGGCCGACGAGACCAUCCUGCAGGAGCGGGAGCGGCCCCCUCCGUCCUCCGAGGAGGGGCUCCGCGGGGGACACCCCCCCAGCAUCCAGGCCCUGCUCAACCUGCUGGCCGACAACCGCUACCUGACGGCCGAGGAGACCGACAAGAUCAUCAACUACCUGCGGGAGCGCAAGGAGCGGCAGCUGCGGGCCAGCGGAGACGCCCUCCCAGCUCCGCACCCCCGCCCGGCCCUGGGCGCCCCCUCGGCCUCCUCCCUGGCGGCGCUGCCCAGCGCUCCGUCCCACCCGAGCGGUCAGCCCUUGCCUCCCUCCGGCUCCAGCGCCCUGGCGCCCAACCCCCAGCAGGAGCUCCAGGCCAAGAUCCUCAGCCUCUUCAACAGCGGGGCGGCGGUCACCACCAACAGCGGCUCCAGCCUGGGGCCCCCCCAGAGCGCCGGCUUUGCUCCCCAGGGGCCCCCCUCCCAGAACCACUCGGCGGCCGCGCUGGGCGGCUCGGGCGCGGGGAUGCCCUCCUCGCAGCAGCGCUCCGUGGCCCCGGGGCCCCAGCAGUUCCAAGGCCACCAGGGCCCCGCCCGCGGCCCCGGCCCCCGUGGCCCGGCCCCGCAGCAGCCCCCCCAGCCCAUGUACCAGCAGAACCGGGGCCCGCCCCCCGGGAACGCGGCCUCCACCCGCCCCGCCCCCACCUCCUCCGGGAUCAACUUCGACAACCCCAGCGUGCAGAAGGCCCUCGACACCCUCAUCCAGAGCGGCCCCGCCCUCUCGCACCUGGUCGGCCAGACGGUCAGCCAGGCCCGGGCCAUGGCCCCCAGCCAGCCCGCUAUGGGCGCCUACCCGAGGCAUUACUAGUGCCCGGCCCUUUCCUCCUCUCCUGCCCGUCGCAAGGGUCACGCCCGCCUUCCCCUGCCUCCCAUUGCCCAGCCCAUCUUGGGGGGUCGUCCCCU